AUGUUUUCGUUCUUUUGGGGGUUAUGGGAUUAUCUAUUCUCUAAGGCAGAGUUGCAUCUACUGAUUGUUGGCCUUGAUGAUGCAGGCAAAACGACACUUUUGGAACAGGUAAAAGGUAUCUUUGGUAAAAAACCAGGCAUUCCACUGGAAAAAAUCCCGCCCACGGUGGGUCUUAACAUCGCUCGAGUUGAUAUUCGACGAUCGAGGAUCAUUUGCUGGGAUUUGGGAGGGCAGGAAAGACUUCGAGCAAUCUGGAACAAAUACUACAGCGAAAGCCAUGGCAUUGUGUUUGUAAUCGACUCGGCCAAUGAUCGGAGAUUCCAAGAAGCCAAAGAGACACUUCAUGCAAUGCUGUCAAACUCCGAGCUGUCGGGAGUACCGCUUUUGGUGCUUGCCAAUAAAAUGGACCUGGUCGAUGCACGAAACGUGAACUUCAUUACGGGGAUGUUGGGUCUAGAAGAGCACCAUGGAACGAUGGCGAGCUAUUCCAUCUGUGCCUUGACAACGGAGGGCAUUGAAGGUGCAAUGAACUGGCUAGUCGAUGCUGUUAAAUCUAGUGACCGAUUUUAUCACAAGUCACCUAUAGGAGGAACUUGA